AUGUCACAAAUCGACAGAGGUCGCAGUCUUCGAAAAAUGUAUUCGAGUCAUGAUCUAGUUGGCGAUACAGCUACAUCCCCCCCUUUAUCAUCAACGAAGGCUUCAGCAAUGACAUCGACAGCUAAAAAACCGGGUCAAGUGAUGGCUGAUGCUGCUGCUACGGCUGAAUUCAACGAAAAACGAUGGGUCUGGCUACCUGAUGAUAAGAAGGGUUAUGUCGCAGGAUGGAUCGUCAAAGAACUCACCUCAUCCGAUUCUAAUGAUGAACCAAGUACAGAGUCUAUCUCACCUACUGACGCGAUGGUCGAAGUAAGAUGUGUGGAUGACAAGACUCGAACAAUCAAAUUUGACUCACUUGAAAAGAUGAAUCCACCGAAAUUUGACAAAGUCGAAGAUAUCGCUGAUCUCACCUUUUUGAAUGAACCCAGUGUGGUUCACAAUCUACGACAAAGAUAUGAAUCCAAAAUGAUUUAUACAUACUCGGGUUUGUUUUUAGUUGCCAUCAAUCCAUACCACCCUUUACCUAUUUAUACACCUCAAGUUAUCUCUCAAUACAAGAACAAACGACGCGAAGAAAACCCUCCACACGUCUAUGCUGUCGCCGAACGAUCAUGGCAGAAUAUGCUAGGGGAACGCGAGAAUCAAUCUAUCUUAAUCACGGGAGAAUCUGGAGCAGGAAAGACGGAGAAUACUAAACGUGUCAUCUCAUACCUCACUGCGAUCGCUAGUACUCAGAAAUUUCCUACUUCUGGAAGUGAUCAGAUCGGGCUCCAACAAGUAGUGUUAUUGAAUUGGUCGGAAAACGGCUAG